AUGUCUACAAUGUCAAUAAAUACUCAUCAGAUAAAUCAUACUACCAAACCAGUUAUUUUCAGUAAUAAUAUCAAUUUGAAAAAGAAAAACAAACAAACUACCGAAUUAAGAUAUUUAACAGAAAAAGAUGUUUAUAAAGCUGCAUUAACUUUAAAAGAUGCUUUUACAAAUGAUUCAUUAAGUAAAUUAUUAGUAUGUCAUAUCAAAGAUCAAUAUAAAAGGGAUUAUUGUGAAUUAUUAUUAUAUGAAGCUUAUAUAAAACAACAUUUGAAAAAAGGUAUUGUAUUGGGCCAAGGUGAAAAUGAAACAUGUUUUGAAACAGUAAGUAUUUGGUCCCACCCAAAAAGUGAAGAAGAUGGUUUAGAUUCAUUUCAUACUUUAAUGCAAUCUGGAUUUGAUAAAAUUUGGGAAAAUUUCGGUAAAGAAGGUCAAAAUAAAAUGUUUAGUAAAGAUGGUAUGUUACCAUUAUUACAUGAUUCAUGUGAACGAAUUAUAAAAGGAGAUAAAAGAUUUAAAGAUAAACCAAUUUAUACUUUAGUUUAUGUUGGUUCUACCAAAAAAGCCCAAGGAAAGGGGAAUUUAAGAAAAAUGUUUGAUUUCAUGUUUGAUAAUUAUAUUGAUCCAAAUAAUGCUUUAGCUUAUUUAGAAAGUUCAUCACCAAAUAAUAUUCCAAUUUAUGAAAGGUUUGAUUUUCAUUUUAUUGAAGAUAUAAUGUUGGGUGAUAACCAAUUGGAAGGAGCCGUUGAAGGUGAAGAUUAUGCUAUAAUGAAUGUUAUGAUUAGAGGAAUAAAGGGAGAAGAUUGGACUAAAAGUAUUAGUAGUAAUAAAUUAUAA